AUGCAAAGUAACAAUGCCAUUGCCCUUCCAGGUAAAAUUAAUAUUGCUAGUGGAUCCACUAUGAAAACAACAGGUUUUCCAUCUGCUCCCAGCACAUCUGUUGAUCAUCAACAUGACUCACAACUGGUGCAACGAAGAGCACUUUCAACUCGAGGGGGUGUCAAUGUAAACAACAGAAGAAGAAGAAGAGUACCAGCAAACAGCAUUGGACACUUAAAGGAUCAAAUUGAAGCACUUACAAGAGAGGAGCUUCAAGGUUUAUGUGUCAGAAUAGCUGAAAGGAAACCUGCUCUUAUCACUGAACUUCUGCGUGCCCGUUCAAAUGACUGUACCCAACAAUCAACAAGACCGUCAAGCCACAGUGUUCCUGAAUGGUGUGUUUGCAACAACUGUCAAGUCAUGCCUACUGAAGUGGAAAGUGUUUGCUGCAGUUAUGAAUCACAAGACUGCAUAUCAGUUCUGCAGGAAAUGCAGGAAUGUGUUCUACCCAGAAGUGUUCUUCAAGUUGCACAUGCCUAUCGUAGUGCUGUAUUUGGUCUAGCACAGGAAGCUGAUGAAAAUAAGCGCAACCGUCACACUGCAUACCGGCAGUUCACAUUGUGGAGGUAUGGCCGGCUUGGAAGUAGAGUACAAAGACCCAUCCCGAGCUGCUGUGCAUGGCGCAUCAGGGAUAAGUAUCCCGACCCUCAGGGCUCCUACACUGGAUUUCGUCCAUCAAGUUUCUAUGAUUGAGAAAUGUGGAUUCAAUUCAGCUUACUUAAUUGCUAUAUGUCAGUGAAAAGUUAACUUUAAACGAUAACAUGCAUAUCUAUCAAAAUUUUUUUUUUAUGCUGUUUUUCAUCCAUCUGGGAUCCAUGUCACUAGUUCUGUCUUCAUCCGUGUACAACCUUGAUUUCAUGACUAUAAUAAAAGUACAUAAAAAUUAGCAUUGUUAUUUGAGUGUAUCAAAAAUAAUGCUGAUUUUGAA